AUGGACGAGUACGCCAGUGAAGACCAAAGAGAAAACAAAGCUAUAGCUAGCGUGAUCAUAUCGUUCCUAAAGUAUGAAGAAUAUGCCUUAAGAGAGUUUCACGGUUUAAGAGUAAAGAAAUGGGAAUCAAUCUCGGAUCGCCAGAAAUCGAUGAUCCCAAACUACACGAAAUAUCUAGCAGAUUUGAAAGUUGCAAUAAAAGUGAAUGGCAAGUUUUUCAGAAGCGUGGCUGAAUGGGCCAUGCAAUCCAUAAGCAUUGGACCAGAAGAGAUGGUACAGCCCGAUGAUACGGAUAUGAACAAGACCUGCUCUUUACUUAUUCAGGUAUAUAGGGAAUGGUCCACAGAGGCUGUCUCCGAACGUCGUUGUUUACACUCAAGGCUCAUACCGGUUUUGAAAGCGUUGGAACCAUCCCAAACUAAUAUUCUUAUACCAGGUAGCGGGACAGGACGCCUUCUUGUGGACCUUAGUCGAAUGGGGUAUAAUUGUGAGGGCAAUGAAUGUUCAUAUCACAUGCUGCUUGUAUCUCAAUAUCUUCUAAAUGCAGGGCUAACCCAAGGAUCAACUAUCAUCUAUCCAUUCUUGCAUUCUUUUUCCCACUGGAAGGGCAACGAGGAUCAAUUGACUCCUGUCAGGAUCCCUGAUAUCGAGGCGGGGUCUUCAAAGAGAGUUAUGGGGCCUAUGUCCAUAUGUGCUGGCUCGUUUGUCGAUUGUUAUGGUCGAAAUCAGGGCACAAAGAUUUCUUCUCACUAUACAUUUUCACAAAGGAUGCAAAUGAGCAGAGCAAAGGCAGAAAACUCGAAAGAUAUCGUAAUAACAAACUUUUUUAUAGACACAGGGCCCAAUAUCUUGGAUUACCUGGAUACAAUAGUACACGUUCUAAAGCCCGGUGGAAUCUGGUGCAAUUUCGGCCCAUUGUUGUACCAUUUCGAAAAUGACCAUGGAGUCGAGACCACUUACGAAGUCAACCCGUACUCCGGGUUCCAGGACAAGGUCAAUGAUUCCACACCCUUGAUGGGGUUAGAGUUGUCUGGCGACGCUAUCAUAGAGAUCGCUACAAAAUGUCUGGACUUCGAGCUAAUGCAAAGAGAAUCAGGAAUUCUCAGCGGAUAUGGGCGCCACGUAGGUCUAGAAAGUUGCGCAAUGCCCGGGUACAUGUGUCAUUUCUGGGUCUUGAAGUGGAGCCCUGCUGGCAAAGUGUGA